GAUGCUUGCGAUAGCAAAACAAUAAAAAUUUCGAACGAUUUGGACGAUGACGAACGCGACGUUUAAUGGAGUCAACAACAAUAUUUAAAAACAUAUCCCAAUUAAAACAAACUCAUUAGCGAGCGUACGAACUCCGCGCGUGUGUGUGUGUUUAAAGUCGAAAAAAAGAAAUAAACGAAAAGUGUGUGUGUGUGUGCGCAAAGUAGUUGGAAACAGUGCAAAUUACGGAACUAAGAGCGUGGCAGAGGAGCGGCAGGAAGAGUGCGGAGGAGGAGCGGAAGAAGGAGGCGGGAGGGGUGUCUAGAAGAUGAGCGCCUCGGACAAAUAUACGUAUCAGCGGACAGUGCUGUGUUUGGCCCGCGUGCUCGCUGGCAUUCAGCCUACGCCAUGGGACAAGGUGCAAACGCUCUUUCGGUAUUGCCCACAAGAGAAUGCCUCUGGAGUCUUUUGCCUCGAUUCACGUGCCCAGGAUGCUGUGGUUGCAUUGGGCAUUUACUUUCUGGAAGGCGGCUGCCAGCAUGAGGCACAAAUUGUGCCCUAUUUGCUGCGCUUGGCCAAGAGUUUGCCCAAGGCGCGCAUCCACGAUGAGCGCACCACCAAACUGGAGCGUGUGCGCAUACCCGCUGCUGAGAAGUUUAGCUUCUGCCUGAACACCCUGCUCUCGGACAUAGCUGCCAAAUGUCCGGAUUCACGGGAGGAGAUCAUACUCAAUCAGGUGGAAACGCUGGGCACACUGGCGAACAUUGUGAAGCCGAGCAAGGAUGGCAACAACUCGACCCCAUCGCCGCUGGUGCUGUGCAAUGCAACGGUGCCGCUGCUCUUCGGUUUGGCCCGCUCGAUGGGUCGCUAUGCCAGCCACGAUCCGCCGCUGUUGUGUCGCAUCUUUCCACCCGAACAGUUGCCCAUUAUGCGGGGCAGUGCGGUGGGCAGCAGCGGCAUCGGUGGCAGCAGCAAUUCGAAUGGUUCGUUUAGCAGCAGCGAACGCUUGGCCACGACACAAUUUCGUCCCAUCAUCCCGAGAUCGAUGUCGGGCAGCUUGGCGGCGCAUCAACAGACCGCUGUAGCAUCGCAGGACGAGCAAGGACGUUUGCGGAGUAGCAUCAAUGGCAAACAGAAGCCUUCGCUGCAGAGUUACUUCUCGGUGCCGUACGAUCCACGCACACAUUUCUUCACCCGCUACGGCUCCAGUUUCAAUCAAUUUCCCCACAUGCGGGUGAACAACGUUUGCGAGUCCCCAAGCAAAUCGGGCGGAAAGCCACCGAUGUAUCGUGUUCCUCCGUUUCCCAUACAACAUCUGCAGACGAUCUUUGCGGUGUCGAAGAAACUGCUGACAAAGGAUACGCUUGAGUAUUUAGAUGAGCUGGGCAGCGAUAUAUUCUCGUUGCACUUGAAUACGGGCAAUUGCUACAAGAGUUUCUCGGAGAUGUUGAAUCUGGUGUUGGUCACGUUGUUGCGUGAGUUGUUGCAACAUCAGGUCGAUUUGCCCGCUCCGUUCACCAAGGAUGUCCAGGAGUUUGUCAAGCGUCUGUUUCUCAAUGGCCAAACGGAGCUGCAGAACAAGCAGCAGGAUCAGGAGCGCGAGCGACGCGAGGAGAACGGAAUUGCUGUUGUCAACAAAUACAAAAUCAAUGUGAUGGCCAAUGCGGCGUGCGUUGAUCUCCUCGUUUGGGCCAUUCGCGAUGAGACGGAGGCGGAUAAAUUGUGCGGUCGCCUGUCGCAGAAACUGAAUCUGGUGCUCAGCCACAAGAUCGUCAUGGAUCACAUGCCCCUGCUGAUGGUCUGCCUGGAGGGAUUGGGGAAGCUGGCGCAAAAGUUUCCCAACAUUGCCGGCACCUCGAUCUCGUAUCUGCGCGACUUUCUCGUCGAUCCGAGUCCCAUCUUGGGCAAACUUCAUGCACAUGCAAUGCAAACGCUGGCGCUGCAAAAGAAGGAGAAGGAACAGACGCCAUUCAAGAUUGUUGUCCAGCAUUCGGAUUCCCGUUCCGUUGUCGACAUCUUUGGCGACAAUCAGAAGCAGGCCGGCGCCACAGGACGCAGCGGUUAUGCCGCCUUCGAGGCACUGCGCGAUGCCGCCAUUGAGAAUCUAUCGAUUGCGCUGAGAGCGGCGCACACGCUGGAUCAGUUCUGUGUCCCGGCAUUGGUGGCCAACGUAUCCAAUCGUCUCUUCACCGCCGAGAAGCAUGAGAGCGAAUCGACGCUGGUCAGCCUGAACAUCAUUGUGAUGCUGGGCCAUGUGGCCGUCGCUCUGAAGGACACCUCGAAGACAACGCAGAACAUACUGCAGUUCUUCAUACAGCGCUUCUGCAAAGUGCCAUCGGAGCAGAACGCACUGAUUGUCGAUCAACUGGGUUGCAUGAUCAUCUCGCAGUGUGAGACGCACAUCUUCGAUGAGAUCAUGAAGAUGUUUUCACGUGUCACGGUGCAAUCGGCAUCGUUGGCCUACAAUUCGGAUCCGGAGCAUCGAAAGCAAUUCCAUCAUGUGUCCGAUGCUGUGGUGAAUGCUUUGGGGAAUAUUGCAGCGAACAUUCAGGGCGAUGCAGAGAUGUUGGAGCUGUUGGGCAAACUCUUGGAGUUGUUUGUGCAAAUUGGUCUGGAUGGCGAGCGUUCGUAUGACAAUACGCCGGGGGCACAGAAGGCGAGUUCGCGUGCCGGAAAUUUGGGCAUGCUGAUACCCGUGAUUGCUGUGCUCAUGCGUCGCCUGCCGCCGAUUAAAAAUCCCCGCCAGCGUCUGCACAAACUCUUCAAGGACUUUUGGGCCUAUUGCGUUGUCAUGGGCUUCACCAAUGCCCGUCUCUGGCCAGCCGAUUGGUAUCAGGGUGUCCAACAGAUUGCUGCCAAAUCGCCGCUGCUCAUCUCACAGACAGCGCACAAAUCCGACAUGCGUGAGCUCAACUAUACGCUGGCCAUUAAAAGUGAUUCGGUUAAUGAGCUGCGCAGUCAGAUUCUUGUGCUGCUCGAGCAUUCGUCCGACAAUGUCGCUGGCUCCAUUAAUAAGCUAACCUUUGCCCAGUGCACGUAUUUGUUAAGCGUCUAUUGGCUCGAGAUGCUGCGCGUCGAGAAUGCCGAUGAACCCAGUUUGGAGCCCAUCAUGAGUUACCUUUGUGACACCGCGCUGCAGAAGGACAAGACAGGCAUCUGGCAGUGCGUCAAGUGCGUCGCCGACCAGGUGUUUGAGAAGUUCCGGAAUGUGCUCUACGCCCACGACGAGAUACGGGAGAAGGUGCUCGAGUCGCAAGCAACGCUGCUGUUGGUCUACUUCAAUCACAUCCACAAACAGAUACAGUUGGUUGCCGAUCAGUAUCUCUCCCAACUCGUGGAUCGCUUUCCCCAUCUGCUGUGGAACCGUCGGGUGCUGUGGUGCAUGCUUGACAUAUUGCAACUUCUGGCUUAUUCGCUCUCGCUCGAUCCCAACGAGGAGACGCCAACGUUACGGGUCGUCUCAACGCCGUACACGUUGCAGCUGAUGGACUCGCUGCCGGCACGGGAGUUGCGACUGAAAGAUUUCGCCGACCGAUGUCAGGGGAUUGUGAAUGAGGCAAUGAAAUGGGCGCCACGGUCAACCCGAUCGCAUUUGCAGGAGUAUCCCAAUCAGAUACCGACGCCAGUGCUUGCCCAUCACAGUGGACUGGCACUUGCCUUCGAUUCGGUGGUGAACAGCGGGACAUUGCAUCCGGGGAAUACGCUGAGCAGCCUGAGCAAGCGACCGAGUUGCGUCAACUCGGACACCCCGCGAUUUGUCAGCGUUCUCUGCUUGCGGAGCAAAUACGCCGGCGAGAUAAGCGGACUGCUGUCGGUGCUCAGUGAACAGGAUAAAGCGGGGCUCGCUGAACGCUUGGUGAAGGAUGUUUGGGGCGCGUGUGCGGAGAAGAGCGAUGCCAGGCAUCGCGGCGCUUUGUGGCGUGCCACAGCGUAUUUGAUCAUCUGCGCUGAGAUCGAUCGGAAACUUUUGCAUGCGGUGGCAAGUUCACAGCUUGAAUUGUUCACCGAGUCCGCCAUGGAGACGGCCGUCGAGUGUUGGCAAUGGGUGUUGACGGCACGACAGGAUUUGGAGUUGUGUUUUAUUCAGGAGAUGGUUAGCGCCUGGCAGACCACCUUCGAGAAGCGGAUGGGUUUGUUUGCCUGGGAAAUGGAAAUCACACAUCCUCUUGCUGCGUACGAAGGUUGCAAGCUGGUUAGCAAACCGAUAUUGAUUGCACCGCAUUUGAUUUGGCUCCAGCUGCUCUCCGAGAUGGUCGACACUGCCAAGUAUUGCAAUCGCGACAAGGUGGAAAUGUUCUGUCUGCUCCUGCAUCGAUGUCUCCCCAUCCUGAAGAGCAGUCGACAGAAUCGUCAGGUGGCCACGGUCGGUUGUCGGUUCAAGCUCUUGCAAUGCGGUCUGUCGCUGCUGCAGGGCAACACGAUACCCAAAUCGCUGGCACGGAACAUUCUGCGGGAGCGCAUCUAUUCGAAUGCCUUGGAUUACUUUUGCGGUCCGCCGACGUGUCCGAAUCAGAGUCGCGAACAGCUGCUCGAGGACAUUUUGAUAUUGCUAAAGUUCUGGCAAACGAUGCGCAGCGAAAAGAAGCAUCUGGUCACCUCAGAGGUGGGUGACUAUGACAUCACCAGCGCCUCGGUUAGCUCAACCCAAAUGCUGGCGGUGCGCAAUAACCCAGAGACCGCAUCCCUCAUCAGCGGCGGUGCUGAUUAUGGACGAUCGAUGAGUGCCACGGGCAACACCGGAGGCGGAGGAUGGUACAAUACGAUACCGCAUUCGACGUCGACGCUUUCGAAGCGUUCGAAUCGAUCGAAGCGACUGCAGUAUCAAAAGGAUUCGUACGACAAGGAUUACAUGAAAAAGCGCAAUCUGAUAUUGGAGCUGCUCGCCGUUGAGCUCGAGUUUCUCAUCACGUGGUACAAUCCCAACAGCCUCACCGACCUCAUUGUCCCAGGCGAGGAACAGAUCACAGAGUGGCGCAAUCGCCCCUACAAGCCGAAUGUAUGGCGCGACUACGCUCGCCUCGCCUGGUGCUACAAUCCGGCGCUCGCAGUCUUCCUGCCGCAGCGCAUCAAGAACGCCGAGACGAUCGACGAGGAGGUCUCGCGUCUCGUCUGCUCCGAUCCCAUUGCCGUGUGUCACAUACCCGAGGCUCUCAAAUAUUUGUGCACCACCAAGAAUCUGCUGCAAGAGAGUCCCGAUCUUGUGUACAUUCUCUCCUGGUCUGCCGUAACACCAAUCCAAGCAUUAUCGUACUUCUCACGUCAGUAUCCAUCGCAUCCGUUGACCGCACAGUAUGCGGUGAAGACGCUCAGCUCGUAUCCGGCGGAGUCGGUGCUGCCGUAUAUCCCGCAAUUGGUGCAAGCGUUGCGACACGAUACGAUGGGCUAUGUGGUGGAGUUCAUCAAGAACAUAUCGAAACGUUCGCAGAUUGUGGCACAUCAAUUGAUCUGGAAUAUGCAGACGAACAUGUACAUGGACGAGGAUCAAUUGCAUCGUGAUCCCAAUCUGUACGAGGCUCUCGAUCAGCUCACCCAGAAUAUAAUUGCCUCGUUCUCGGGCGCUGCGAAACGUUUCUACGAACGCGAAUUCGAUUUCUUUGGCAAAAUCACAGCAGUGUCCGGUGAAAUUCGCUCCUUCCCCAAGGGCAUUGAGCGGAAGAAUGCUUGCUUGGCGGCCUUGAGUCGCAUCAAGGUGCAGUCGGGUUGUUAUCUACCCUCGAACCCCGAAGCGAUGGUCUUGGACAUUGAAUACAGCAGCGGCACACCGAUGCAGAGUGCAGCCAAGGCGCCGUAUUUGGCGCGUUUCCGUGUCUAUCGCUGCGGCAUCACCGAGCUGGAGACACGCGCCAUGGAGGUGUCCAAUAAUCCCAACUCCCAGGAGGAUGCGCACAUGACGCUGGGCGUGGAAUCGUGGCAGGCGGCCAUCUUUAAGGUGGGCGACGAUGUGCGUCAGGAUAUGCUUGCCCUCCAGGUGAUCACCAUCUUUAAGAAUAUCUUCCAACAAGUCGGUCUCGAUCUGUUCCUGUUCCCCUAUCGCGUGGUCGCCACAGCACCCGGUUGUGGCGUCAUUGAGUGUGUGCCCAAUGCCAAGUCACGGGAUCAGCUGGGCAGACAAACAGAUUCGGGACUAUCCGAGUACUUCCAGCAUCAGUAUGGCGAUGAGAGCUCCAAGGAAUUCCAGGCGGCACGCGCCAACUUUGUUAAAUCAAUGGCCGCCUAUUCCCUCAUCGGUUAUCUGUUGCAAAUCAAGGAUCGACAUAAUGGCAACAUUAUGAUUGACAAGGACGGACACAUAAUACACAUAGAUUUUGGCUUCAUGUUUGAAUCAUCUCCCGGUGGCAACAUCGGUUUCGAGCCCGACAUGAAACUCACCGACGAAAUGGUUAUGAUCAUGGGCGGCAAAAUGGAGGCGCCCGUCUUCAAAUGGUUCUGCGAGCUGUGCGUUCAGGCCUUCCUCGCUGUGCGACCGUAUCAGGAUGCCAUCGUUUCGCUGGUAUCCCUGAUGCUGGACACCGGUCUGCCCUGCUUCCGAGGGCAGACGAUCAAUUUGCUGAAGCAACGUUUUGUGGCCACCAAGAACAACAAGGAGGCAGCCGCCCAUAUGCUGGCUGUUAUACGCAAUUCGUAUCAGAAUUUCCGUACACGUACCUACGACAUGAUCCAGUACUAUCAAAACCAGAUUCCCUACUAAACCACAUCCGAAAAAGGAAUGGGCGUCAUACUUACAAAGC